AUGGGUCUCAAGGGUCUGCUCUCUGCCCUGAAAGCAGCAAUCCCUCUUCUUGUUCUCCUGGCUUACGCAAUAAAUGCCAUUCCUUUCGACAAUCUCGAGUCCGUUACAGAUGCGUCCGUCGCUCAACCCACAACGCCACUGACAGUGUCAACUGUUGCCCCAUUCACUCCAGCUGCCUUUGAUCAUGACCUCAAAGCUCGCGAGGCUCGUGAGGAUGGAGCAGCAGAUAACAGCAAUGAUGAAUGGUACAUGACUUGUGCUGGAGAUAACAAGAUGUCUGUCCAGUUCUGUGAGCAGCGUCUCUAUGGCUAUUAUUGCGGUCAAUACAUUCUCACCAAAUCUGGUGAGGAGCAAAUCAUGUGCGGCUGGGCAUGCGAAUGCAAGAGAGGACACCCCGUCCCUGACUGUAUUUACAUUCACGGACGUUGCUUCUUUGAUGUACCUGGUGGUGAAAAUGAUCAAGGUGGCAAUGAUUCUAGAGCACUCUCAAGUGAAGCACUGCGCACGCCGACUGACAAUCUAACUCCAGAGGCCAAAGCCCCGACACAAGAUCCGGAGCUCAAAGCACUCGACUUGGUGGAGCAUGAUCAGGAGCUUGCUUGGUCCAAUAUGCCCAACAGCCUGUUUCCACGAGUCUAUCACAACUAUGCUCUCGUCUGCAUUGAGUCAGAUUGGACCAGACAGUGCAGAAACAAUCCAUACGCAUACUCAUGCAACGCAAAUGGCGUAGUUGGAAGAAAGCAAAUAGAUGUCUACUGCGAAGCUAUUUGUGGCUGUGUCAACCUGGGUGCUGUUGCCAGCUGCUUCAAGAAUCAGCGCUGGGUUUCGACUUGUCUCGUUGCCUUGGGAGACGAUGAAGGUCUUUCAAAUGCAGCCGAAACCUUGGGUGCGACCUUGGAUUUCAACCAGACACGCAACGGCACAUCAACCACGUCUGAUAUCCCGUUCGCUUCGCCUUCUGAGUCUCUUCCGUCCGGAGAUCUCCCUGUCAUGUGUGAAACAAACGGUAGUCUCGACACAGUAUUGACCGAAUUCUGCGUGGAACAUGACUACUACUGUUCCCUCCAUAUGGAAGACGGGUACGCCAAGUCGUCUCUUCUUACAGAUUCAGAGUCGAUCGAUCAAUGUGCGGCAGGAUGUCACUGCAUUGGCAAUCAUCAACGAGUCGAAUUUCAGAACAAGGUGAAUGGUGGCCAAGUUCUGUUAGAACCCAGGGCAGACCCAUCAGUCCCCAAUUACAUACGGACAGGUGUAUCAGUCUAUUAUUGUAUCCAUACCCUCAAUGCUUACGACUCGGAAAUCGAUAUACGCCUAGUCGAGUUCUGCCAAAAUGAGGGGUUCUACUGCGCAAAUGUUUCACCUACUGGUGCGUUAGGUUUCACACCAGUGACUCCCAACCACUGGGACAAGUAUCCUCGAUGUUACGACCAUUGUCACUGUGUUCAUUUUGAGGUGCACACAUGGGCCGACCGUGAUGCAAAGGCUUUGGAUGUUGCAGUGGACUCAGCAGAUGAUUCAAUUAAGGUCAAGAGAUCCAACUCAUUGGCAAACGAAGGCGCUGAAGCUUUGCAUCGUACAGCUGCCGAGAUCGACUAUACCCUCAGUUGCAUAAGUGACUACAACAUCACUACAUAUUGCCAACGUUUCCGGGGCUACAACUGCCACAGCAACGGGAAGAUCCAGCAUGGUGAAUCGGACACUGACUGCGACAAGUCUUGCCUAUGCCAACAUCCACAGAUGCUCCUAGAAGACGAUUCUGAAGCCAGCACUAAGUCGACCAACACUGCUCCACCUAAAGGUGUCCCCAGCCAGACAGUAGAUCAAUAUACCCUCAACUGCGGGAAUAGUCGACAAGGCCCCUCCUACUGCAGCACACCCGAACGUGGCUAUUUCUGCGAUGAAAAGAUACAGGUUAUGCGGACCUCGACUCAUUCAGAUUCUGGCAUCACCUACUGCAACAAUUUCUGCCAUUGCCAAUUCAAGUAUGCAAAGCCCUGUCUCGACGAGUUUGGUGUUUCAUGGUGCAUUGAGUGGUGGGAUGGGACUGUUCGGGAUUUCAACAACGCCACGCUCGUCGUUGGAAACGUCGGCAGUGUCUUAAUGUUGCCCAAUGGUACCAUGGUGCUUGAUAAGGCGGAGGACGGCUUCCCUUUUUGGGCUUCAUACACCUGA